AUGCAAUUCUCAAAGCUGAUCGCUAUCCUCCCAGCACUCCUCGCCGUCCCCGUCUUCGGGCAACUCGACGUUUACGCCCAUCCAUGCUCGGAUUGCAAGUGCAACGGCGCGUUCCUCCAUCAAUUCAAGAAUGGAGAUGAUCCCAACCACUGCUACAACAUCAAUGUCGGAUUCGGUCCCUACAGCGUGGGAUUGAAAGGCGGCGAUUCCGUAUCAUGCCAAAUGUACCACUCUUCGGACUGCAGUGGCUUGCAGCAGUCCGUCGGCAUCAAGAAGGGCCAGAGCUAUGGUUGCACCGGGACUCAGAUCGGUUCCUUUGGCUCUUACAAGUGCACGACCGGAAAAUGA